AUGGAACCCGAUUUUGAUGAUGAAGACGAUCAUAUUUAUAUCAACGAGGAAACUGAGCUUGGAAGGGGCAACGUGCUGGUUUCGCACGCACCCAAACAGCGUAUAGUGCCACCUUUAAACUUUUGUCCUGUGGAGCGCUAUCUGUACCGGUCUGGCCAGCCUUCGCCCGUAAACUUCCAGUUCCUGCUGGAUCUACAACUCAAGACGAUCAUCUGGCUUGCCAAUGAAGAGCCUCAGGACACCUUGCUCGAGUUUUGCGACUCGCAUGCGAUCCAGCUACAGUUCGCUACGAUUAAUCCAGACGGCGGAGAGGAUGACAACCCUUGGGACGGCUUGACCGAGCACAGCAUAAUCGCCGCACUUCAGACAAUUGUCAAUGCCGAAAACUACCCUUUACUCGUCUGUUGUGGGAUGGGCAGACACCGUACUGGCACUGUGAUUGGAUGCUUACGUCGUAUUAUGGGUUGGAACCUGGCGUCGGUCUCUGAAGAGUACAGGCGUUUCGCGGGCAGUAGAGGCGGUCGGAUCCUUGUCGAGCUACUGAUAGAGGCCUUCGACACCCAGCUCGUCGAGAUUGAUCGUGUCAAGGCUCCGCAAUGGUUACUUCAAGAUGCGCAGUAA